CAGGGCGGACUGGCUGGGGGGCUCCCGGGGCUCUGGAGGGCGCGCGUCCGGGCGGCUGUCAUGGAAGGAACUGGCGUCGGCUUCCGGAAAGACCUGGUGAGCAAGCUGCUGCAGCUGCACUUCACGAACAGCAAGACCAAAGUCGGCGGGGACGCACUGCGGCUCAUGGCGGAGCUGCUGACCAUCUUCGUUGUGGAAGCGGCUGUCCGCAGUGUCCGGCAGGCCCAGGCAGAGGACCUGGCUCUCGUGGACGUGGACCAGCUGGAGAAGGUGCUGCCUCAGCUGCUCCUGGACUUCUAGGGGCCUCCACCCCCACUGCGGCCCGCUGUCCAAGCCAAGGCCAAGCCCCGCGCCCACAUUUCUGUGGCCUCUGGCUUCAGACAAGGAAGGAGCUGCUGAUGCCUGAGACAGACU